UUGCAUCCAAGUUCCAACCCCAUAACGUGGAUUAAGAGAAAGAGGCCAACUUCACUCUAGCUAGAGAGAAAGAGAGGAGGAGAGAGAAAUGGAGAGCAGCUGCACUUUCCCAGUGAUCAACAUGGAGAAGUUCAAUGGUGAGGAGAGAAACACAACCAUGGAUCUCAUCAAAGACGCCUGCGAGAACUGGGGCUUCUUUGAGUUGGUGAAACAUGGGAUAAGUCAUGAGCUGAUGGACAAGGUGGAGAGGCUGACGAAGGAUCACUACAGGAAGUGUAUGGAGCAAAGGUUCAAGGAAAUGGUAGCCAGUAAAGGCCUCGAAGCUGUUGAGUCUGAAAUCAAUGACCUCGACUGGGAAAGCACCUUCUUCCUCCGCCACCUUCCUUCCUCCAACAUCUCUGAAAUCCCUGAUCUUCUUCCUGAUUACAGGGAGGCAAUGAGGGAAUUUGCAUUGGAAAUAGAGAAGCUGGCUGAGCAGCUGCUAGAUUUGCUGUGUGAGAAUCUAGGGCUGGAGAAAGGGUACCUGAAGAAGGCCUUCUAUGGCUCAAAAGGCCCUACCUUUGGCACCAAGGUGAGCAACUACCCUCCCUGCCCCCAGCCGGAGCUCAUAAAGGGCCUCCGCGCCCACACCGACGCCGGCGGUCUCAUCCUCCUCUUCCAGGACGACCGUGUCAGCGGCCUCCAGCUCCUCAAGGACGGCCGUUGGAUCGAUGUUCCCCCCAUGCGCCAUUCCAUUGUCAUCAACCUUGGCGACCAACUUGAGGUGAUCACUAAUGGCAAGUAUAAGAGUGUGAUGCACCGUGUGAUCGCUCAACCGGAUGGUACGAGGAUGUCCAUAGCUUCAUUCUACAACCCCGGCAGUGACGCUGUCAUUUUCCCGGCACCUGAACUGGUGGAAAAAGAAGAAGAGAAGAGCCAAGUGUACCCAAAAUUUGUGUUUGAGGACUACAUGAAGCUUUAUGCUGGCCUGAAGUUCCAGGCCAAGGAGCCUAGGUUUGAAGCCAUGAAGACUAUGGAAACCAGCACUGUGAACUUGGGUCCAAUUCCUACAGUUUAAGCCCUUAAUUUUCAUCUCUUCCCGUCAACAAUAAAUAAAUAAAUAAACAAAAAGAGAUAGAAGAAGAAAAAAAAAAAAAGUCCAUGUGUAAUGUUAGCUAGCAAGUGAUUUGGGUACUGUUACUAAACUAAGGUACUAAUGGAGAACUACUCUCACCGUUAUAGGUUUGGUCAGAUUUAAUUUUUAUUUUUGUUUUCUAGUUUGUUCGGGAUGAUCAGUAAUUAAUUUUUAAAAAGGUCUGUAUUGGAUUAGGGCUUUUAAUAAGUUGUUUUCUUGUUCUUCUUUUGGGCUAAGUGGGUUUUGAAUAAGUUAAAAGCUUGGAUUUAGAGUCCCACCAGGCACCAGUGGUAUCAUGUCUGGUGGUGGUCUGAAGUUCGUCACUGAAGUGUUAGAAAGUGACCCAGACAUGCAUAGCUCUAUAAUAAAAAUAAUAAUAAAGUAUAUUCUAUUAUUACUAA